CCCUCCUCAUCUUCCUGGAGACAAUACAAUCAUGGCGCUCAGACGCCCUCUCGCCCUCCUACAACUUCCCACUUCUCUCCGAACAGCGGCAACUCCAGCAUGCACGCAAUGCCGCUCCCUCCACGCCUUAAAUAAGCCCUCACUGCGCAUCCCCCCUCCAAUACCUUUCGUGCCCGAUGUCCCAACAUUCCUCACGCUCAUCGGCCGCGACAUGAUCAAACACGAAGCCAAAAUCCCCAGCUGGGAAGCUCUCUUCACGCUCUCUUCCGAACAGCUGAAAGAAUCCGGUUUAGAGCCUCCCCGCGCCCGAAGAUAUCUCCUCUGGUGGCGCGAACGCUUCAGACGCGGCAUCUACGGCGUCGGGGGAGAUGUGAAACACACGACCAAAAUUGGGAAUCAAGUCGCUGCGGAGUUGCGGAUUGUGCAGGUUCCAGAAAGCGGCCGGAAGCAGCAGCAGCAGCAGCAGCAAAACUCUACUUCUCCGGCGACAUUGACGAAUGAUGCGGGUGUUGGCAAUUUGCGGAUUACGCGGGUUGGGAAAAGCGGCCAGCACUCUCCGGCGACAUUGACGAAGGAUGCGGGUUAUGUCAAGGUGAUCUCGAAUAUGCGGCCGCAUUUUGUGAAAGAAAUUUACGAAGGCAAGGUGAAGGAGCUUUCGAUAUUGAAUCGCUUGGCUCCGUCGCCGAUCGUGCAGAAGAAUCAGGUGUCGAAGGUGAAGGGGAUGAAGAUCGCUGGAUCGAACACGAUCGCUGGGACCGGCGUGGAGUAUAUCAGAGGACGGAAGGGCGUGGCGGUGCUGAAAACUCGUGAAGGUUUGUGGGAACAGAGGAGAGGGCACAAGGUCGAUGGUGGUGAAAGGAGGAAAGCAGAGGUGCGGGCGAAGAGAGCGGCCGCGGAGAGGAAGAAUGCGAGAUAAGAAAGGCGGCAUGGCAUACCCAAGAAGAAAAAGAAGAAGAUGAAAGUCGCUCCCUCGUCGCCAAAAGAGGAGCACGCAUGCAUCAUCAGGGGGAAAAAGAAAUCCUUUGCAUGUGAGCAAUGAAAUAAAUACCAUGUACGAACAACCAGCCGAAGCGUUGUAUACAUCCCACACGUUAUAAAUCUUCUUCUCCAGCGAUCCUGCAGAAAAAGUACCAUGUCCUGCUG